AGAAAACGACGCGCCCACCCCCCUGCACCAAGUUCAACUCUUCGCGCUCUUAACAAACUCCAUUCAACUCCGCGCAUAAUUAAUGACUUUUGACCCUUCAUAUCUUCUACCGCCUCAUUUGCCACUUUACCUCCAACUCAUAACAUUUCGCUCGAGAUAACCCUCACGGCCAUUUUACAAGCAUACCUACCUAAAUUCCAAGCGAAUAUUCCCCUCUGCGAAUUGAUUAGAUCCCUCCGUCUGUCCCCGUUUGCCAAUAUCGCAUACUCGUCAUCCGUUACAAGGCUUCAGACACCACCAAGUCACAAUGGCGAAAGAACACGCCACCGAGUUUGAAAAGAUUAUUAAUGCUGGCCGAGAGCGUAAGAAGAAUGAAGCUCUUGCUGCGCGUAUCUUUAAAAAGAAAGAUGGUCAAAGACGGGCGAGCGCACCCACCGCUGGUUCCCUUGCAAGCAGAGUCGGAGUGAAGAAGCGAGUAUCAUCGGUUGCGCGUCUCUCAGGUGGUGAUAUCAACGGUGAAUGGACUCACGACCUUCACAACGCGCCCAAGAACCCGAGAGCGCAACAAGACCCGAACUCGCUAGCAUCCCGAAUCCAUGCACCAGGUACUUCGGCGCCUCGACCGAGAAAUGCCCCGCGAAAUGCCCGGCCAAACCGUGCAUCUCGGCUUGCCAAUGCCUAUGAGCGUACAACCUUCUCGCCCGCGACGGCGCAGCAGCAGCUGAACGUGCGUUCAGCACCCACGCAGCCCCCAGGACAAGGCAUAACGAUUCGAGGCCUUGCAGGACCAUUCGCUGUCAUGGCGCAGAACUUUGCGCCGGGGACCACAGCCGCUGAUAUCGAGAGCGCCAUGACUCCAGUCGGAGGCCUUGUAAGCAGCUGUCGACUAAUCAAGACACAUCCUAUUGUGAUAGCCGAGAUAGUCUUCGAGAGCAAGGAGGGCGCGGACCGGGUAAUCCAGACUUUUAACAAUCAGACAGCCGACGGCAGAACGCUCCACGUAUACCUAAAGCCCGGUGGUACCUACCGCUCCACACCGCCUACCGGGCCACGCGCUCAGCGUGACCAUGAGACUCGAUCAGCCGGCAAUAACGUUGUAGUUGAUGGAUCGAUGGGGUUUGAUGACCGGAUGGAGACGGACUCGCUUGGUAGUGGUUACUCCAACGGUGGCGGCGGUGGCAACGGCGGCGGCCUAUACAGCGACACCAUGGUCCCCAAAAACCAAACUAACGGUGCUAGUGGUAACAAUAGUCGAAGGGGCAGAAACUUCCGGACCGGAAGGUAGGACCACGGAUCAGAAGCGGAUGCCGCUACGAGGGGUGAAUAUUGCCCGGGUAGUUAUAAUGAGUAUUCACCUAACCGCCAAUACCGGUGAUGGUGAACCGAGGAAUCCUAGGAGAUGUAGCUCCAUUACAGCGCGCAAGUAGAGCUAUAUUACAGCCGACCAAGAGAAUGGACUCCCUUGAUGAGACAAGCAUUGAAGAAAUGGACGUCUCCAUUAGAGUCACAUUUUCGGAUACGACGCAAACUACGAAAAGGAAGACGAGAUAUCCUGAGACGGAGUACCGGACGUAUAGACAUGACGUAGGACGUCUUCGAGUUAUUCCUUUUUACCUAGGUACUUAGGCAUGUACUAAUACAACACACGCGUCUACAUUUUGCACCACCAUUAAUGCCUUGGAUCCAACGGAGAGACGAGAUAUUCAUAUAGUUAAUAUACCCUUUGCGGGUACCUAAUAGGCAGGCACUUAGGGGCUAUAGACAACCAGGUCACUUAUAGGUUAGAUUAUGAAACCAGUUUUAUGGACACGGCUUAAUGCUACGACUUAAUCAUGUCUCGUAACUUUAUCGGGUUAUACGCCGUGUGGGUGGAAUUACGUAAUUACUAGCUACUUAUAACUACAGUUAAUUACUAAUAGUUAAAUCAACAUUAUGUUA